AUGCUCUUUAUUGAGGGUACUGUUCGGUAUUAUCCAUUCUAUAUCUAUAUCUAUCUAUAUCAGUCUGUUCAUAUCUAUCUAUCCUUCAGCCAGUCAAUUCAUAUCUAUCUAUCUCAUCUGUUCAUAUCUAUCUACCUCCCUCAGUCUGUUCAUAUCUAUCUAUCUAUCUAUCUAUAUAUCUAUCUAUCUAUCUAUCUAUCUAUCUAUCUAUCUAUGCCCAUAUCUUUCUAUCAUAUCUAUCCAUAUGCAUCUAUCAUAGCUGUUCAUAUCUAUCUAUCUCUCUAUCUAUCUAUGCCCAUAUCUUUCUAUCAUAUCUAUCCAUAUGUAUCUAUCAAAGCUGUUCAUAUCUAUCUAUCUCUCUAUCUAUCUAUGCCCAUAUCUUUCUAUCAUAUCUAUCCCUAUGCAUCUGUCAUAGCUGUUCAUAUCUAUCUAUCUCUCUAUCUAUCUAUGCCCAUAUCUUUCUAUCAUAUCUAUCCAUAUGUAUCUAUCAAAGCUGUUCAUAUCUAUCUAUCUCUCUAUCUAUCUAUGCCCAUAUCUUUCUAUCAUAUCUAUCCAUAUGUAUCUAUCAAAGCUGUUCAUAUCUAUCUAUCUCUCUAUCUAUCUAUGCCCAUAUCUUUCUAUCAUAUCUAUCCAUAUGCAUCUAUCAUAGCUGUUCAUAUCUAUCUAUCUCUCUAUCUAUCUAUGCCCAUAUCUUUCUAUCAUAUCUCUCCAUAUGCAUCUGUCAUAGCUGUUCAUAUCUAUCUAUCUCUCUAUCUAUCUAUGCCCAUAUCUUUCUAUCAUAUCUAUCCAUAUGCAUCUGUCAUAGCUGUUCAUAUCUAUCUAUCUCUCUAUCUAUCUAUGCCCAUAUCUUUCUAUCAUAUCUAUCCAUAUGUAUCUAUCAUAUCUGUUCAUAUCUAUCUAUCUCCCAAUCUAUCUAUGUUCAUAUCUUUCUAUCAAAGCUUGGCCCGGACAGAGGCUAUCUCUCGCUCUCGCUCUCUCUCUCUCUCUCUCUCUCUCUCUCUCUCUCUCUCUCUCCCCAAGCAGCUUACUAGUCCAUGA